AUGACUGAACCCGAAGAUCAUCUUGCGCCUGCCAGCAGGUGCGAGGUGCCUCGUGACCGCCAACGCAAUCGUGUAGCUCCUGCCUCGUCAAAUGAAAGCUCGCUGCUCACUCGCACCGAAUCAUCACCUGAAGGACUACACGGUUUUGAGCCUGUUUAUGGUCUUCCAGAACUUUCCGUCACUGCCUUGAGACGCGCUGGCAUCGAGAAAUUGCUUCCUUCUCAGAAGCACGUUCUUGAGUCUGUUCAGUUCAUAGAGAACCGCCGGGCAGACCACCACAGAGUCAUCAUAUCUCGCUUCGCGGCUGGUAAGACCACACUCAUAUGUCUUGCUAGCUUUGUUGCCGUCAUGAGAUGCUCAGCUGGUGAUUCUCAACCUCCGACUUUCAAAGAAUCUCCUUCUAGCGCCGAGCUUCCACCCGCUGCGCCUCCUAGCGAGAACUCGUACAAUACAAGGCAUUCAUCUGCAGUAGCCAAACCCUUGGUCCUAAUAGUGGUUCCGUUUCCUGAAAAUGCCAGAGAUGCUGGUGUUUUCCUUGAACAGCUACUCAAAUGCCAUGGCAACUCAUACGCCGCAAUAGUUGGCGAUGAGCUCGCCGAAGCCGACUUUACUGCGCUGCGCAAGUGGCCUACCGCAGUAAUCGGCACUUUCGACAGGUUGCUCGGUCUUGUCGAGCAUGGCUAUCUGAACCUGUCUCAACUUGUUUACUUGGCCAUCGAUGACUUGGACACCUGCCUACAGGAUGUCACUUUCAACUCGUUUCUCCAAUUUUUGCACGAAAACCUUCCGGAGUGUCAGGUGAUUAUCACGAGCUCCUGUAUGACCCUGGAUCUAGUGAUUCCCGUCUUAACCCUUAUCGGGCAGAGCUCUCCCAUUCCUGCUGUUGUGAGGAUGGGGAGAAUUCCAAAGGACUCGACUACCUUCGAGGAGGGCAAGGUUCUGAUGUGUGGUGAAACCCCUGAUGGCGUAGAAAAGAUCUAUCGUUUGUUCGACGACUAUCUCAAGACCAAUGGCUGCAGCGACAUCGACAAAUACAUUCGUCUCGCCCACCACCAUCAUCAGACUGAGGCCGAACGCCGCAUCACACUCGAACAACUUCGCAAAGACGACUUUUGCAUGCUGAUUACGACUUACAAGUUCGCUAGAGCUGUUCAUAUCCCCAAUGUUAAUACCGCCAUCAACAUCCACCCUGCAAAAGACUUGGACGUCUAUCGUAAGGUAUGCAAUCGAGUUGGUCGAGAGGGCAGGGGUUUGAUUUGCACUCUGUAUGGAGAGGAGGAUAUGGAGUCGGUUGAACAGUACAAGCGUGUGUUCAACACGAAAAACGACUACUCGUUAGUGAUCGAUGGUGAGGUUGUUCCUCCAAACGGAAUGCGGGAAAUGACUUCUAUGGAGCUCCUCAAGGAGUUCGGAAAUGCUCGUGAAGCACACCGCCGCAAGCGUUUUACUACUGGAGUUGCUGGUGGAGUUUUGAUCUGGGCUUCGUUGGCGGCCUACGUCGCCCAGCCAUCCAAUGCGGCAGGCCAGUCGAGCCGAGUCGCAAGGCUCAUUAACGGAGUCGCCCGCAUUGCUGGCAAUGUGGCCAACAACAACAAGAAGAAAGAGGGUGCUCUGAGUCGCGAGGUUCACACCACCUUUCUCGAAGCUGGCCGGAAAGCAACCCCAAAAACAUCAAACAAACGCAAGGCGACCACCGACCAAGCAUCUGAAUAUAUGAAUCUGAGUCCUACCAAGGACGGCUUGGAAUGGCAAGCAGUUUGGGCUGCCAUCGUCGAGAAACAACCUCUCAACAAGGUCACCAACAAGCCUUUCGUUUGGCUGGAAAACAUUACGAAAGUUCUCAUGUUCAUGUGGAGCUCGCCCCAGGGUGUAGAUUGCGUGUUGAAGAUGGUGGAAGCAGUAUACCGCGAUUUUGACACACUGAAGCUCGAUGCCAUAACCUCCGCCAGCAACUCCAAAUCCUCAGUCUAUACACUGGAGAUGAGAUACAAGCGAGUGCUUUCGCUCUCGAAAGCCGCUGCCCUUCAGACCGCCGAACUUCUUCUGGAGUAUAAAAACAUGGCCGACGACUUCGUUCGUCUUGAACAACAAACUCAAGAUCCUUCCACCGAGCUAGGUAAAGAGUGGGCAAAACGAGAAACCAAUGCGAACAAAGAGACAACAGAUCAGACUCGGUCGAACGUUGCCAUAAAGUUGCGGGUAUACGUAAGAAGCAUUGCUAUCAUGAUUGCCAUCUUCGGUUGGGGAGUUGUACCUCUUCUGGCUUGCGCAACAUGGAAAUUUGCCGAUGUUAGCAAUGCUUCCGCUCACGCGUGUCUUCAAGAGCUCGCCAAUGCUGUCCCUAUGCUGCGUCAAGUUUGCGAUCGCCUUGACAAGAAUUUCUAUCGUUUCUUAAGAAUCCCUGGGCAGAUCACUCAGCUUCCCAAAUACUGUCUUCAAGGUAUGAGUGUGAAGAAACAGGAUCGACUGAGCUAUACGAUUGCAUAUCAUCUUGCUGCUCCGGGAGAGAGGGAAGAGCUUGGCGGCAUGCUCAAUGUAAAGUCUCCGUCGCAUGCGGGACAGAAGAAGACGUCAAUCACAGGACAGAAGGGCGCGAAGGGUGCGAAGGGAGGCAAGGGAAGAAAGAAAGUGUUUUAA